CCUCCUGCGUGCAUUGAUAUGUACUGUACGCACGCGCUCCGACCGCAAACACACACAGAGACACAUACAGAGAGAGUCUGCCUCGCGCCUGUGAAGAUGCGCGCGCUCAGUGCGGUUUGCUUUCUGCUGCUCGCGCUCUCAUCCGUGCGGUGCAGCGCGUCACAGGUGGAGGUGCGCGCGCUCGACACGUGGAGGCUGGAAGUGCGAUGGAACGCGAGCGGCGCGAGUCGGACGCACGAGGUGCAGGUGGCGCGCACGAGCCGCUUCGAAGUGGUGUUCCAGGGCAACGUGAGCGCACGUGCGCCGUUUAACACGUGGGUUUGGAAAUCAGAGCUUCCACUGCAGUGCGCGGACAACUCCGUGCGCGUGAGAAGCGUGUUCAACUCGACUGCGGUCAGCGCGUGGAGCCAGUGGGCCACUAACCACGGUCAGCAGAACGUUCCCUCCAGCCAAGCCAGACUGUUCCCCAUGGAGGAAGUUCUACAGGAGGGAACCUCCGGCCACUUCUGCUGUAUCCCACCUGCAGGCGCUCAGGUCACCGAGAUCCGCUUCAAAAACAAGCCCUACACCUUGACCCCCGUGGACGAGCAGGUCAGAGCCAUCGAAGUGCUCCCACUCCAGUUUCAGCAGCUUCCGGUGAACCUCGCCUGCAAGGACAGCAGCAGCUCCAGAAAGGACCAAACUGUUGUGAACUACAUUACGUUUCCUCCAGAGAAGCCACAGAACCUGAGCUGCAUGACGAAGAACCUGCAGAUAAUCACCUGCAAAUGGGAGUGUGGCCAGCAGCUGGACGUGGAUCACCCUCUCCGCCGUCGCCGAUACUCACUGCGCGUCCAAGACUCAGAUGAAGCUGAAGUCCAGUGUGGUGUGGACUUGUUGUGUAAUUUUGCCGCUCUGCCGAACCGCAGCUUCUACAACAUCAGUGUCGUGAUGAGGAACGCUCUGGGGGAGGAGAGCCAGAGUUACGCCUUCAACAUCUCACACAGGGUGUUUCCUGUUCCUGAGUGUGUGGUCGUGUCUCCGGGGGCAACAGAUGUGGAGGUGUACUGGUAUUUAAUAGGGAAUUUUACUGGCCGGCACUUUAGCUGCCAAAUCACGAUGGAGCCAACAGGAAAAACAACCGAGGGGCAGUUUGUCGUGUCCGAACCUGAACAGAGUCUCCGAGCGACUGUGCAGCUGCUGCAGCCGAGCUCUCAGUACUCCACCACGGUGCGCUGCGCGCUGCAGGGCAACGACUGGGGGUUGUGGAGCUCCAACACCAGCUUCAGCACAGAGCCGCUGGUGACGGUUGAUAUCUGGACCCGCACCAGGCGUCAAGCUUACAAUUGCAGCCUCACCGUUCUGUGGAACACUUUUAACAGUGCCUCAGACUCCAACAUCAAGGUGUUUGAGGUGUGCGUGGCACAGGACUCGACUCGGAGCAGAGAAUGUGUGAAUGUGAAGGUGAUGAAGGUGUACUUCACGGUGGGCUUUGGACAGUGUAACGUGUCGGUGCGAGCGGUCACCCUCAGAGGAUCAUCCAUAACGUCAAAUAUCAGCGUGCAUACAGGGUGGCUCAUUACAGAACCCAUGCUGAAGGAGAAGAGGAUUGUGGGUAACCCAGAGGGGUUCCUGCUGUCCUGGUCCGCGCUCUCUUCUGCCACAUGCGGCUACGCUGUGGAGUGGUGCGUGAUGGGUAAUGCUGAGCCAUGUGAUCUGCGGUGGAGGAAGGUCUCAGCCAAUCAGACAUCACUAUCCCUCAGUGCAGAGGGCUUCAGGAAGGGCCACAGAUACACCUUCAGAAUCUUCAGCUGCCAGACGGAAGGUCACCGGGUUCACGAGAAGCACACUGGCUAUCUGGAGGAGCAGGAGCCGCUAAGCGCCCCGGAGCUGUCCUACUCUCUGAGCAUCUUUUGGUCUUCAAUGUUGCUGCAGUGGAGCUUCAACGAGGAGGAUUCAGAACAUCCUGGGUUUAUCACAGGAUACAGACUGACCAUACAGGAGCAUGCAGACUGGACCUACAGUAACAGGAUUUGGAACAUCUCUGUGGAAGACCCUCACCGUAAGUCAGAGACGGUGGAGGGAGUGAAGGAGGGUCAGCGCUACACUAUCCAACUGGCUGCCUGUACACGAGCAGGCUGUGGCCUCGAGUCCGUCCACACCAUCACGACCCCGCAGAACCAUUACUUGCUGAUGGCAAAGGUCAUGACCCCUCUCCUCAUACUGAUUGGCUGUUGUUUCUGCCUGUGGCCGUGCAAAGAAACGCUGAAAGGAAUAGCUGUGGACAUUUUCAGCUUCCCUUCAGGUCAGAGGAUGAAGGUGCUGGAGCUGGAUGACAGUCUGUUUGAAGUGAGCGAGAUGCUGCGGGUGCUGCAGGUAGAGGACUGUAAGUGCUGUAAUCUGGACUCUGUGGAUAUGAGAAGCAGCAUGGAGGACAAAUCGUGGCUGAUCUUCACUGAGGAACGUUGUAAACCUGUUGGACCUUCUUCUUCUGAGGAAGAGCUGGUGUGGGACGAGCUGGCUGCUGAGAGGGUGACGAGCGUGACCAACCUCACCUACCUGUCCUCACUCCCGCCGCGCUCAGCCUCACCUGCACUGGAGUCCAGCAGGAGUCACAGAGCCAACUAUGUCACCUCCCUCAACACCAACGACUACGUCACCUCCUUUAACACCGACGAGUACGUUACCCCCGUCAGUCCUGGCAACUACAUCACCUCCUUUAACACCAGCGACUACCUCAGCUCCAUCAAAUCCGGCAACUGCGUCACCUCCGUCAGCCCAGGCAACCAUGUCACCUCCGUAUCCACAGUAACAAUGUGACUCAGUUUCAAUACGCUGUAAUUAUACUGACUGAUACUGUGAGACUCACCUCUGAAAAUCACAGUAUGGCGCUUUCAUGCUAAAGAAAAUACGCCUACUUUGUGUUAUUUAGCAGAAAUUUAGUUCCUUUUAUUGGUAUGUCAGUAUUUUUAAGGCCAAUAUGGCAAUAACAGUUAAAGCCAAGUAAAUCUGUUCAUCUCUUAA